CUUUCUUCUUGCAGCACCCUGCUGCUGCCUGCUCCUUUCCUCAGUGACUUCAUUUUUUCUGCCAUUUCUUUGUGGAGAACUACAACUGAUUUUUGAUUUGCUGUAACACUGCACAGUUAAUAUAACUUCUGAGUACACAGCCAGGAUACUGCAAUCUGAGCUGUCCCAAACAAAGAAUCAUGGUCCAAGCUAAGACGUGGGUCCUGACCAAGCACUUUGACGGCUUCCCGAAGGACAGCAACUUUGAGCUCAAGGUGGAGGAGCUCCCUGAGCCCAAAGAUGGGGAGGUGCUUUUGGAAGCAGUGUUUCUCAGUGUCGACCCAUACAUGAGGCCGCUCAGUAGGGUUCGCAUGAAAGAAGGCGAUGUGAUGAUUGGAACUCAAGUGGCCAAAGUGAUUCAAAGUAAUAACCCAGCAUUUCCCGUGGGAAGCCAUGUUGUUGGUCGUUGCGGCUGGAGAACCCACGCAGUCUGCGAUGGGACAGACCUCAUUCCCAUCAUGCCCGACUGGCCGCAAGACGUCUCGCUGUCCCUGGCUCUGGGUGCCAUCGGCAUGCCAGGACUAACGGCUCUGUACGGGAUAGAAGAAGUCUUGGGACUCCAGAAGGGUGAGACCCUGCUGGUGAAUGCUGCAGCGGGGGCAGUUGGCUCCGUGGUGGGCCAGAUUGCCAAGAUGAAGGGCUGUAAGGUGGUGGGUUCAGCAGGGUCUGAUGCCAAGGUGGCCUUUCUCAAAGAACUAGGCUUCGACGUGGCCUUCAACUAUAAGACUGUUGGAUCCCUGGAGGAGGCACUGAAGAAAGCUUCUCCAGAGGGAUAUGACUGCUUCUUUGAAAAUGUGGGAGGCCCUUCUUCAAGUGUUGCCUUGCAACAGAUGAAGAACUUUGGAAGAAUAGCCGUGUGUGGAGCCGUGUCCAUGUACAAUGACACCACGCCCCAAACAGGCCCAUACCCCCACCUGACCAUGAUCUUCAAGCAGCUUAAGAUGGAGGGCUUCAUGCAGAGCAGGUGGGAGCACAAGCACCCUGUGUCCCUCAAGAGGCUGAUGGGAUGGCUGAAAGAGGGCAAACUGCAGUGUCGGGAGCACAUCACAAAAGGCUUUGAAAACAUGCCAGCUGCUUUUAUGGGGAUACUGCAGGGAGAAAACAUCGGCAAGGCUAUCGUCGCAGUCUGAUGUAGAAGGCAGGAUCAAUAGAGAAGAAUCAGUAUUAUUAAUAACUGAUGCAUUAUUACAGUAUACAUGUAUACAUGAAGGACUGAGCAAUAGACACGUACAACUAACCAGCUAUUUUCAUAACAUGAUGUCCAUGUAGCUCAUUAGAGUGUCUUUGUAAUCACAAUGACAACAUAAGGCGAUCGCACUCCAGUCUCACAAAGUGAAACAAUGUCAUUCUUAAUUUUUAGCAUUAGUUCAGGAUUCAUUGUUAGAGAGUUAAGUAAGUUAAGCUUUAGAAUUCAGAUGGUUAUAUGAAAUUGGACCAUUCUGCUAGGUUUGGUCGAUUUUCAUUCAUGGUAGGCAUGUUUUUGUUUUUUGUUUAAAAAUGCAUUUAAAGAAUAAAGACAAAAUAAAACAAAGGGACAUUUUACUUCAGGAUUGAAGAGAGAAACUUAAAAUUUCUUCUUCAUAUACAGCUACAUGUUGGUAACAUAGUCAAACUAGUAGCACUUACAAAGUUUUGACCAUCAUCCAGACACUUGUCCCCAUAUUUGAAAGUCAUUUGGGAGAGACCAAACUGCUGUGGGGAAAUCAGCAAGACAUGGGAAUUUCUUUUUACUAAGAAAGAAGAAAAGAGAUGAUAACUAUAGGACGACACAAGGCUGUCAGUCUGCGGUGCCUGCAAGUACCUGGACGAGCUGUGUAGAUCUGCUGCUGAUACGUUGAUACAUUAUUCACCGUAACAUAAUUAAUCAUGUGCUUUGUAUUUAGUGAGAGCUUUUGUAUAGGUAAUAAAAUGUUUGGGCUUUUUGAAAA